GCGAGCGGCUCGGGAGCGCGGCCGACUCUCAGGCUGUGGUGAGAGGGUCCCGGAGCCAGCACCACGGAGCCGGGGCGGCCUCCACCACCCACCCAUGCCCACCCCGCAUGAGACUGAGAAGCAGCACAUAGGGCCAGAGGAGGCAGACCAGCCCCCCUCGAUGUCCAGUCAUGACACGGCCCCCCCGGCUGCCCCCAGCCGCAACCCCUGCUGCUUGUGCUGGUGUUGCUGUUGCGGCUGUUCCUGGAACGAAGAGCGGCGGCGAGCGUGGCGGGCCUCCCGGGAGAACAAGCUGCAGCCCCUCCCCAGCUGCGAGGCGUGCGCCACGCCAAGCCCGGAGGAGGUGCGGAGCUGGGCGCAGUCGUUCGACAAGCUGAUGCACAGCCCGGCGGGCCGAAGCGUGUUCCGGGAGUUCCUGCGCACCGAGUACAGCGAGGAGAACAUGCUCUUCUGGCUGGCCUGCGAGGAGCUCAAGGCCGAGGCCAACCAGCACGUGGUGGAUGAGAAAGCCAGGCUCAUCUAUGAGGACUACGUGUCCAUCCUGUCCCCCAAGGAGGUGAGCCUGGACUCCCGAGUGCGGGAAGGCAUUAACAAGAAGAUGCAGGAGCCUUCGGCGCACACAUUCGACGAUGCGCAGCUGCAGAUCUACACCCUCAUGCACCGGGACUCCUACCCGCGCUUCCUCAGCUCCCCCACCUACCGUGCCCUGCUGUUCCAGGGAAGCUCCCAGUCCUCCAACGAGGCCUAGGCUGCCCACCACAGCGGCACAGACGUGGGACCCCUCUGGCGGGCACAGACUCGGUUACCGGCACCAGUGUGUGUCCGCGGAUGUCCCGCACACCAGCGGGGCCCAGCACCCCUGAGGGCAGUCCCAGACAGGAGCCCCUCUCUACCCCGGGGACCUGGGACCCGGAGGUCCUGCUGAGGGGCGGCGUGAGGGCCUCUUGACACCAGGCAGUCUCUCCCCAAAAAGCUCCCCACUGGGCUCCUGCGUGGGGAGAGGGAGACCUCCCACGGGGUCUGGUGGACCCACCGGCCUCACUUAGGCCUCCUCCCCAAGCAGCCAGGGACCUUGAGAAAUGCCUUUGGUGGGCAGUAGAGCCUCUGUGUGUCUAGUUGUGACAGGAGGAGACAGACCCUCUAAUGCAAGCUGUCUGCGCCCGGAUCAGACCCAGAACCUCAGAACUAGGCUCAAGGCAACAGGAGCCAGUUUCUUUUUUAUAUUUUCAUUAAUUUUAAACCUGGAAACAUGUCCUUACUGUAUUUUAUCAAAAAAAUGAAAAAGAUGUUUUCAUAUUUAUCUCCAUUCCUUCUCCAUCCAAAAUAGGAUCUUUUAUUGAAGAUAUUUUUAAAGCAAAA